GGUUGAACAGGGCCGAACAGGAUUGUCACGGAAGGAGAAAAGGUCACCAGAGCUAGGGCCUGCCUGCCCCAUUUGCUUACUUGACCAUUACCAUCAUCGUUUUCUCCCUGAAUGGGGGAGAGAGUUACGAGCAACCAGCUGGGCGUCCACAAAAAGCGUUUGGGAGUUCUGGGAUACCACAUAGUAGUUUUCUUGCUGAUAUGUUUGUAUGAGUGUUUGUUUCUAUCUCGUUCUACUGCGACUCCUUGGCAUUCGUCUCAGAAAGACCAUUUGAUGAGAGCCACGCAGGUCUCCUUGCCUCUGACGAGAGGCAAGACUCAUAAUAUGCUGAAAGGACCCGGAAAAGGGCAUUUUGUUAGUAUUCACGAGUCCCACAUAUGCGCCCGCCGAGUGACAAAGUCAUCCGUGUCUAUCGUGCCAGCUGGGCUUUGCCGAGUGGCCAUUUUCCGACCCGGACUUGCUAAUCCAGCUCAGCCUAGCGGGGUCUGCAUUGAACGAGUCUGCCGUCUCAGCUCCCCGCACGAGGCCAGGAAAUGGAUACGUAGAAAUGUGCCUUGUCAAAGUGAAUGGUAAGGUGGAGGCCGGCUCGUCCCCCCUCCUUGAGUCGCUUGAUCCAAGGAUCUGGUGUCCGGUGUGAUGUAGGAUCCGGUCCCAACCGGGUAGCAAAUCUUGGGGAGGCGGUCGGUCUCCGUACACGAUUGC